GGCUUGAUCAGUCGCCAUUUCUUUCUGCUAGUACUGACGUUACAAGCAACAUGGGGUUCCAAAAUAUUUGGUAUUCGCAUCCACGUAAUUAUGGCCAAGGCUCACGAUCAUGUCGUGCCUGCGCCAAUAAGCACGGACUCAUCCGCAAGUACGGCUUAAACCUUUGCCGACAAUGUUUUAGAGAGUAUGCCGCCGAUAUUGGAUUCAAAAAGCUGGACUAAUUUCAAUAUGACCAAAGGUUUUUGUGCUGUAGAUAGAUUUUUACAAUCUCAAAAUUAUUGAAAAAAAAUAAUAAACUACCAAGCAUCAUAAACAAGACAUUGUUUUAAACUCAGUAAGAAAUGUAUAAUCUGUAUAUGGCAAUAAUUCAGUAAAGGCGACUUUGAAAUAAAACAAUUUUAUUUAAUUUAAAAAAGUUA